AUGGAUGGCUGCACAUGGUCCCCCUGUCACAAGCACUGCUGCAUAAUGCCAAUGCAGGCUAAACUGAAAAUGCUUUGUUCUGUUUUGUUUUUUUACACCUUUAAUUUCUUCUCAAGAUGCUCAUGUCUUGGCCACUGCCCCUAUGUUCUGAAUACAACACGCGAUGCAGGAUUGACUUUGGAGAGAUCACUGGAUACUGCUGGUACUCCUGUUCUGGCAAGACGGGAAACUGAUGGUUAUUUUUACCGAGGCGCUAUAGUAAAGGGUCCAGAGAGUGGAAAAAGAACAUUGCUAGUACAGUUUGCCACACCAUUCUCGGUGGAUGGGGAUGCAGCACAUGUGCAACAGACAGCCAGUGGUGAUGUCCUUGAGUGUGUGAACGGCAUGAGACACUCCAUCCUACCAGGUGACAAAGUGUUGGCACCUUGGGAACCAGGACAGAAGAGAUAUGGCCCUGGCACUGUCCUCCGAGGCAUGGAGACCAGGGAUCCCCUGAGAGAGAAAGAAGAUGAAGAAAUUACAGUCAGCUUUUGGAAUGGCAAGAAAGCCACAGUCCCACGAGGGGUAGCCUUGUGGAUUUCACCACUGCAGUGGCAGAGGAUUGUCGAAAUGAUCCAUAUGCCCCACACCAGCAGGAAACAGUUGGGAGGGCCGCUCCGCAGAGCAAGCUGCCACGUCUGCGCAUGUGGGCCUGUGGCGGCCUGCACAUGCGCAUGCACUCUGGGGGACCUGCAGCGGUCCCACUGGCCGUACUGCUCUUUCCCAUGUCCUUGCUAUAGUUGCUUUCACCACAGCUGCUCACUGCUUGGGCAUAUGCUGCAUACUUCCUGCAGCUGCCCCAAAUAUAGUGACUGCUGGUGGCAACCCUCUUCAGCCAAAAUACCCCAGGGGAACGUGGAAGAAGAAAUCAGUAGCAAACCCACCCCAAAACUCCUAGCUCUGGAAGGUCCUCCAAAAGAAGAGCCGGCUACAGCCCCGUCCAGCCCUUCCUCAGAUUCCCAAAGCAGUGGAGAAAUGGGUCUGACCAAGAGCACCAUGGUAGAUCAUGCAGUGAACACAGAUUGUAGCCUUUUUGAGCAGCCCAAGCUGCAAGCGAUCAGGAGACCAGACUGGAAGUACUGGAGGAGAAACCAUCCUAGCGCCCCUUGUAAGAGCCAAGGUACACAGCACUUCCCUUGACUGGCCUGCAGGGGAAGCU